AUGUCCGCGCCGCGAACCGACGACCCCGCGUACGACGCACAAGCGACUGCAACCGUAUCCAGUUUAAAAUCAGAGAACUCCACCGAACAGCUGAUAUGUAAAACGCCGCAGAAAAAAAAUAAAAAAGUUAAAGAUGACAAAGUGAAAGACAAACGCAGUGUCUGUUCGAAGAGUGUUGAGGCUGGUAGUGAUGAGUCUAGUGCGCCGAGGAGGUUGGUGGUGUUCCUGGGGCUGGCGCAGGUGGUGCUCGGUGCGCUGCUGGUGGGCAGCGGCGCGCUGGCCGUGGUGAAGGGCGCGGCCCUAGCGCGAGUGGGGGCCGGCUUGUGGGCAGGCUGUGUCGCUGUGGUCGCUGGGGUUGUUGGAGUACUCGCCGGUAUCAACGACUGCUAUGGAUUGAACGGAGGAGCUAAUGGAAGUCCGCUGCUCACUGCGUUCUUGGCGCUGUCUCUGCUAUGCCUGGCUUGCGGGAACAGCGCCGCGGUACUCGCUGCGACAGGCGUGCAUCGGGACACGCAGCGGCAACCCAUAGUACCUACUACCUUCGAAGAUGAAAUGGAGGCGUGGACCCCAGUCCUCACCAACAUCGCAUUGCUCAUCAUCGCUACCGUCCACUGCUUGGUGUGUAUCAUCACCAUCUAUCACCUUUCGAAGCGUAUCUGCCCCUGCUUCAGACCGAAACAGGCCUUCGACCACAACCAGUUUGAUCCGACCUUCAAGCCGGUACAGCAGUUCGUGGUCAAUGUUGACGAAGUCAAGAAGGCUCACGAUAUGGAGAGGGUCAAGAAUCACGAGCUGUGUAAAGAGCUGGAGACGAAGCUGCAAGGGGGAACACUCAAGAAGAAGAAGGAGGAGCCGGAGUACGGUAGCGCAAACAGCAAGGAGAAGCUGGUGACGCGGUGGCUGGGGCGUCAAGGAGCUCAGCCAGCGACCACAGGGCGGCGUCGCGGUGUUCGAAAGCCCAGGCCGAAGCCACCGCAUGCGCCCCUAGUGCUCAUGCCUGCGCAUCCCGCUAGCACGACGCGUGAUGGUGGCUUCGCGCCCAGCGCUGGGGUCGUGGGUCACGUUGCCCAACAUUAUCACGGCACGACGCCGCUUCGACGCAACUUAACAUUAAAAUCGUCGUAA